UUUAAACGAUACUUAACCUUAAAGUUGUCACGUGAAAUAGUUUGAUAAAAAAAAAUUAAUAUAAACAAAUUAAAUAUUUUCUAAAAUUAGUUUAAUAAAAGAAUCUAUUUUUUAUAAUCAAUUUAUUUAAAAAAAUUAAAUACUUUCAAGAAUUAAAAAUUGUAAAUUAGAAAUAUAAAUUUUUCAAGUUUUAUAAAGUUUUAAUUUUAAUGAGAUGAAUAUUUCUCAAAUAUUUUUGAAAAUUGCUACAGAUGAAAAAGUAGGAUUUGCUAUUGCAACAUUAAUAGGUUAUUGUUUAUAUAAAAUAAUGUUAAUAAUUAAUAAAAGAAAAUUGCAAUCUUCUAGCAAUGAAACAUUAAAUAUGAUAUUUUCGGAUAAUUAUAAGCUUAUUUUAGUUAUUAGAACUGACUUAAAAAUGGGAAAAGGAAAAGUAGCAGCACAAUGUGCUCAUGCUGCUGUUGCAGCUUAUAAAGCAGCUGUAAAUUAUCCUAGAAUUUUACAAGCUUGGGAAGAAUGUGGCCAAGCCAAAAUUACAGUCAAGGUUGAUAGUGACGAUGCUUUGAAAGAAAUAGCAAAACAAGCCAAAGCUGUAGGACUUUUGACAAAUAUAAUACAAGAUGCUGGACAUACCCAAGUGAAACCAGGAAGUAGAACAGUAUGUGCAAUUGGUCCUGGUCCAGCUGAAUUAAUAGAUCAAGUAACAGGACAUUUAAAAUUGUUUUAAUAAUUUAUUAAAUAAAGAUAUCUUAUUUUUUAUCUAA